UACCAACUGAAGAAUGGCGAUGUUGGUAUUUUCAUCAGCUGGAUCAAUCAUUAAAGUAAUAUAAUGUACUUUUAGAGGAAUUGUUGCAGUUUUGUCGCAUUUUUUCAAGUAACACAGCUGGACACUGUUUAUGUCCGAGCGUUGUGCGACUCUUGAAAGUGAGACGAUGGAACAGCAGGUAUAUAACACUGCAAUUGAUUCAAUACUUGAAAAGGGGUCUUAUGAAGACUUUCUACUUAAUAACUUUCUUCUGCAGAAGAAGUCAAAUCCAAAGUAAGUCGCUCUGCAGCAAGACAUUUACGCCGAAAAAGACUUGUUGCAGCUCGUCGAGAAGCUGAGAAAAAUUUGCAGUCUGAAAUUAAUGUCUGUGAAGUUGAGCAAAGAGCUCCAGUGGAGGAAAGUGCAGUGAAUAAAGGUGUUACCUUACUGAAGUAUGUUGACCAUGAAAAUGUUAAAACAAAACAUUCGGAAAAUGUUACGCUCUUUCUGUUGAAUACAAAUAAUGUUUGCAAACUUAGCAAAAAUAAUGAUGUGUUUGGAUUGAGUAAAAACACCUUGGUAGAAGAUAACAAAAGUUCAGUUGGAAAAACCAAAAAAGAAAAAAAAAAAUUUAAUUCAGCUAUCUUGAAUUCUAACAUAAACACAUAUAGUCCUGUAAGUAUAGAAUCAUCCAAAUCAAAUAUGGAUUCUCAAGAGAAGUCACGAGAGCAAAUUAAGGCUGAAAGAGAAGCAAAAAAGGCAGCAAAGGCUGCUGCAAAAGGAAAGGGAAAAGUACAAGAUAAGCCCAAACCUGAAUCAUUAUCACAAUCUAAUAAAACUGAAACACCUAAAACUCAAGAAAAAGAAAAUGCUGGUCAUGUUAGUUCAAAAAGUGAAAUCAGUUCUACUAGUACUCCUGUUCCAGUAAAACAAACUAUAGCACCAAAAGAACAGAAAUUAGAAGACAAAAAGAUGAAUGAUGAGUCAAAAGCUGAAGAAAAAAGUAAAGCAGAGUUACGAGCUGAAAGAAGAGCUAAGCAAGAGGCUCAAAGAGCUGCAAAACAAGCAUUGGUGAAUGACAAGAAAAAAGUGAUUAAACCUGAAAAGGUGACUUCCAAGGAAAAAUCUUCUGCACCUGUAAGCAAAGAAGAACCAGUGAAAAAACUUAUAGUAAAAUCUGAGGUGAAAGAUAAUCUUCAUGAAGUGAACUUAUUUAAACACUUGUACAUAAACAGAAAAAAUAUUUCUCAGCUUAUCAAUAGCAGUAAUGUAAAAAUGCAUCCUGCUAUUUUAAGAUUAGGCAUACAAUAUGCUGAAAAAGUUAUUGUUGGUAGCAAUGCAAGAUGUGUUGCACUACUUGCAGCAGUGAAGCAAUUAAUCAAAGACUACGAACGUCCUUCACAAGCUGAUUUUACCAGAGGACUUGAAACUAGUCUCCAAGAAUCUAUAAAUUACCUCAACUUUUGUAGACCAUCUGCGGUUUCUAUGCAAAAUGCCUUAAAACAUUUGAAAUGGCAAAUGUCCACAUUACCUUCAACCAUACCUGAUCAAGAAGCGAAAACUAAAUUAGCAAAUGCAAUCGAUACAUACAUUCAAGAGCAGAUACUACUUGCUGACAAAGCAAUAUCAAAUGCAAUUCAAAAGAAGAUAUUGAAUGGAGACGUCAUAUUAACGUAUGGAUUCUCUUCGUUGAUUCACAAAAUACUUUGCGAUGCUUACACAGCUGGGAAAAAAUUUCGAGUUGUUGUUGUUGAUGGUAGACCAUGGUUAGAAGGCAAAGAGCUCUUGAGGAGAUUGGUCAAACAUGGAGUCGACUGUUCGUAUAUUUUAAUAAACGCGCUCAGCUUUAUUAUGCCCCAGGUGAGCAAGGUCUUCUUGGGUGCCCACGCAAUUCUGGCUAACGGCGCAGUUAUGUCUAGAGUUGGAACCGCACAAGUUGCUCUGAUAGCAAAAGCCUUCAAUGUUCCUGUUCUUGUGGCUUGUGAAACGCAUAAGUCCUGUGAACGUGUUCAAACGGACUCGAUCGUGUACAAUGAAAUUGGCGAUCCCGAUCAACUCGUAAAGAACACGUCGAACGGCUCUAAAAAAUCCUCUUUAUCAAAUUGGAAAAGUCGAAAAACGUUGAACUUGUUGAACAUAACGUACGACGUAACACCCGCAGAUCUAGUGACUGCGGUAGUGACUGAAUUGGCAAUUCUACCUUGCACAAGUGUGCCAGUAAUUCUCCGAAUAAAACCAUCCGAAAUGUGAAGGCUACUUGAGCGCCCAACAUUAUGACUAUUGAAGAAGGAAAUCGGUUAUACAGCUUUCGAAAUAAAUAAGUUUUUUAAUAACAUUCUUUGUAAGAUAUAUUUAUACAUAUGACGCACAGUUGUAUAAUAAUAUAUACGUGUAUAUUAUAAUAAAAAAAA